AUGGCAUCAUACAAGCUUUUUCUCACUGCUUUCUUAGUGACUUUCUCUUCCUCUUUUAUGAUCAACUCGUGCUCGGCCUCUCGCCAGCUUCUCCAACAACAGCCUCUUCCUCAAAUUCCAAAUCUGCCAAUCCCGACAAUGGGACUUCCUCCAUUGCCAUCAACAUUACCACAACCAACACUUCCUACCAUGCCCACUUCAAUCCCUCCAUUGCCAUCGACAUUGUCACAACCGACACUUCCGACCAUUCCCACUUCAAUCCCUCCAUUGCCAUCAACACUGCCACAACCAACACUUCCCACAAUUCCCACUUCACUUCCUCCAUUCUCAAUGCCAACUUUGCCUUCAUUUCCGACAACAAUUCCUUCUCUUCCGACUAAUUUCCCAUCCAUUCCGUUCUUCUCUCCACCACCUUCUACAGCUACAUCGAGUCCUUGA